UUGUGAUGUCACGGUCAAUCUCUUCCGUCUGUUUUGGGAAUAUCGGUGUAGAAAGAGCAAACCGGUCUAUGAUGUUGUGUGUGUCUGUGUGUGUUAUUGCCCUCUGCGGUGUUGCGGCGGCACCAAACCGUUUCUUUACCAUCUCGUCACAAAUGGACCAAAGCUCUGCUCUCCUACGGCAGAAGCUUGACCCUGAAGUGGACAUGAACGUCACAGAGAUCAUUCAGCGGUGGGGUUACCCGGCAGAGGAACACCAGGUGGUGACAGAUGACGGAUACAUUCUGACCGUCAACAGGAUCCCACAUGGAAUUAAAUUUACACCUACAGGUACAAAGCUGGCAGUGUUGCUGCAACACGGCCUGCUGGCAGCAGCCAGUAACUGGAUCACUAACCUGCCCAACUGCAGUCUGGGAUACGUGCUCGCCGACGCUGGCUACGACGUGUGGCUGGGAAACAGCCGCGGAAACACCUGGUCCAGGAAACACCGCACGCUAAGUCCCAACGAGGAGGACUUCUGGAAGUUCAGCUAUGACGACAUGGCUCUAAAGGAUCUUCCCGCCACCAUCGAUUACAUCCUGAAGGUCACGGGUCAGGAUCAAAUCUAUUAUAUCGGGCAUUCUCAGGGGACGACAAUUGGGUUCAUAGCAUUCUCCAGGCUGCCUGAGGUAGCCAAGAAGAUCAAGGUGUUCUUUGCCUUGGCACCUGUGGCAACGGUGUCAUUCACGCGAAGUCCAAUGACUAAACUUGCCAUUGUGCCAGACUUCCUGGUCUGGGAUCUCUUUGGUAGGCGGAACUUCCUGCCUCAGAAUUACAUCAUAAAGUGGUUGGCCGAAAAUGUCUGUGCAAAAGAGUACCUAAGUGAGAUCUGUGGAAACAUCUUCUUCAUCCUCUGUGGCUUCAAUGAAAAAAACCUCAAUAUGACUCGGACUCCCAUCUACACCACACACUGUCCUGCUGGAACCUCAGUCCAGAAUAUGCUCCACUGGGCCCAGGCAGUGCACAGCGGGAAGCUGAUGGCGUAUGACUACGGGCCUGCAGAAAACAUGAAGCAUUACAACCAGUCCACUCCUCCUCACUACAACGUUCGGGACAUGAAGGUUCCCACAGCUCUGUUUUCUGGAGGUCACGAUACGCUGGCGGACCCCAAAGAUGUGGCCAUCCUCCUCACUCAGAUGUCCAACCUGAUCUAUCACAAGCACAUUGACCACUGGGAGCACUUGGACUUCAUCUGGGGCCUGGAUGCUCCACACCAGAUGUUCUCCAUUAUUCUAAAUCUGAUGCAUGAACAUCAGUAGAAGGCGCAACUGAGCACCUCAGACAUUUAGUCAGAGAUGUGAAAAUAUUGAACUUGUCAAUAAUUUAACCCUUUGUACAAGCAAUUCUAUUAAUUUUUUUUUUUCUGCCAUGUCAUUGUGUUAGCUGGAAUGUGGGACAUUCUGGCAAUUCUAACAUCAUUAAACUAGAACACUGCACUCAGA